UUGGUAGAAAUUUAUACUGUACCAGUUUGUCGUUGACGUGUUCUGUCGUCGGCCACUCUGAUUCGUUCUACUAAAAAUCCGACUUUAAUAUAAUUUUAGUUUUAUGAUUUUGUCUAAUAAAAAUGAAUUCAAAGAGUCUUAUAAUAAACCAUGAAUGAUUUUAUGCUUCUACUAUUGAUAAUAUCCAAACAAAUAGUCUAUUUGAUCAUGAGGGUUGGCAAUAAACAUGAUUCGCUGAAUCGCCGCUAGCUAGCAAGUUUGAGGUUAUGGUACAGCUGGCACUCUGGCAGAAGUCAUUCAGAAACUCAAGCACUGUUGAUUUCAAUAAAUUUAUUAUCAUUUUGCUUGUAUCAACGCAUUGCUUACGUACUAUUGGUAUAGUAUUUAUUCAAUUUGUCUAAAAAGUGCUAUACAUUUUCAAUGGAAGUUUUAAGUAAUAACUAUUAUGGUGCAAGACCUACUCAGCUCCAUUUCAGUCCUUAUGAAGACAAUGGAGGAACUGUUGUGGCUAUAGCUGGUGAAGACUUUGCCAUCAUUGGAAGCGAUACCCGUUUGAGCACUGGCUACUCAAUAGAGACACGAAACCAAACUAAGCUUUUCAGGCUUUCCAGUAAAACAGUUUUGGGUUGCACAGGCUGCUGGUGUGACGCAUUAUCUCUGGCUCAUUUGAUGCAAGCUAGAAUGCAGAUGUACUUGCACGAGCAUAACAAAGAGAUGUCGUCACUAGCUGUGGGCCAAAUGUUGUCGACAGUGCUGUACAACCGGCGUUUCUUCCCCUACUACGUGUCCAACAUUGUGGCCGGCCUGGACGCCGAUGGCAAAGGCAUUCUGCACAGCUACGACCCGGUCGGUCACUGCGAGAAAACCCACUAUGUUGCCGGAGGUUCGGCUGGAGCUUUCCUUCAACCGUUGCUCGAUAAUCAGAUUGGGUUGAAAAACAUGCAGAACAUGGAGCUUGGUCCGGUUUCAAUGGAAAGAGCGCUGAAUCUGGUGAAGGACUCGUUCAUUGCGGCUGCCGAGCGUGACUUCUACACUGGAGAUGGUGUUCACAUUAACAUCAUCACCAAAGAUGGCAUCAAGGAGGAUAGAAUGGUAUUGCGUAAAGAUUAAUAUGGAAAUAAAUUUCAAACAAUUUAUUAUAUUAUAUCACUUGGUUUAAUAAAAAUUUUCUGAUCUUUUCUUAAC